AGACGCUCGGCAGCAAUCGCCAUUCGCAACACAGAAGUGGAGCAGAGGAGCCCUGAGAGGAAUCAAGGAAGGAAGGAAGGAAGGAAGGAGGAGGUGGGUGCCAUCGAUCAUGGAGAUGCUGAGCAUGCUGAAGGUGGGGUACACGGUGCUGCGCAGCGAGACGCCGGCGACGGACCUCGUCAACACCUUCAUGGACUGGGCGGCGCGGCGGUCGCUCCUCCUGCUGGCGGUCUUCAUGCCCCCCUACUACGUCUACAAGCUCACCUCCUCGGCGCUCGCCACCGUCGCGCCGGAGGACGUCGCCGGCAAGGUCGUGCUCAUCACCGGCGCAUCCUCCGGCAUCGGCGAGCAAAUAGCGUACCAGUACGCGAAGAAGGGGGCGAGGCUGGCCCUGGUGGCGAGGAGGGAGGGAAGCCUGCACGAGGUCGCCGCCAAGGCCAUGGAUCUCGGCUCGCCGGACGUGCUCGUCGUUCCGGGUGACGUCGCGAGGCCCGAGGAUUGCAAGGCGUUCGUCCAGGCCACGGUCGAGCGCUUUGGCCGACUGGAUCAUCUUGUCAACAAUGCCGGUUUGGCCAACGUAUGCUGGUUCGAGGAAGUGCCCAAUGUCGCCGAUCUCAAGCAAGUCUUGGAUGUGAACUUCUGGGGCACCGUGCAUCCAACGCACGCUGCUCUCCCGCACCUGAAGAAUAGCGGCGGGAAGAUCUUCGUCAAUUCUUCGGCAGCGGCGUUGCUGGCAAUGCCAAGAAUGAGCUUCUACAAUGCUAGCAAGGCUGCUGUGCUGAACUUCGCCGAGACACUGCGGAUGGAGCUCGGAGGCGAGGUCGGCGUCACGGUGGCGACUCCCGGGUGGAUCGAGUCGGAGAUGACCAUGGGGAAGCACCUCUCCAGGGAAGGGAGGAUGGAGGUUGGGCUGCUCCCGGUGGUCCGCGCCGAGCGGUGCGCCGAGGCCAUCGUCGACGCCGUCUGCCGCGGCCGGCGCAGCGUCACGGUGCCGGUGUGGUACCGGGCGCUGUUCCUCUGGCGGGCGUUCGCGCCGGAGGUUGGGGACAUGUUCCAGCGCGUGUUCUACCGCCGCCCCGCCGGCGACGGGGGCAGCCAGAUGAGGGCCAGGAGGGUCAUGGAGCUCACCGGCGCCAAGCGCGUGCUGCAGCCGCCGUCGCUGUACACAUCGGAGAUCAAACGGGAGUAGAUGCUAGGUGAUGCUACAGUGUUUGGUGCUGCUGUAACGGAAACAGAAUAAAAUGGCGAAAAUGUAACUCUAGUGUAAGAAAUGAAGUAAAAUGAUA